UCCAGAAGUCUGGAUAUGUCAUGUGAGGGCUCUAAGCAUAGAUCAAGCCUAUAACUUACUUUGUAUGUUGUUUUGAGUAAAUGGUUAGCAAACAAUUUGAAUAUAUUUAGUUUGAAUAUAUUUAUCAGCAGUGUAUUUACACCUGGGAUGGAAAAAUGAACUAAACAUGCACAUGGCUUCUGAGUAUUGCCUAGUUUUGCUUUAUGCGAAAAUUAAAGUGUCAGUGAACACACAAAGCGACACGUGUCAGACACCGUCGUGAUCUGCUUUUCUAGCGAUGCAACUGGAAGCGUUUUUUGUGAGGAGUCGAUUCCCAAAUCCUGAAAUCGGAGAACCGACUCUUUUGGAAUCGACUUCCAGCGCCAGAGAGAUCGAAGGAAAAUGUGAGGUGUCGUUUCGAAAGUGUAGCGAGUAUAGAAGCGCAACGUUUACAAACCCCAAUUAAAAACAUAUGCAGCUCUGGGCAAAGAGGCAUGGACACGAAGCCCCUGAAUUGUGGACUUCAACACGACACUGAAGCGGCGGCGGGUCAAACAAACUCCAGCAGAAAUCUGCGGAAUUCAUUCAGCUCUGGAUCCACCACAGAGACUGCAGAGAGUCCUACAGGUGCUCAUGUUGAAUGGUGCAAACAGCUAAUUGCAGCCACAAUGUCAAGUCAAAAUCCCGGCGCCAUGAUAUCAGAGGCCAUGUCUCGAGAGUAUAAGGAUUAUGAUGAUGGAAUUAUCUUGGACAGCGAUGCUCAGCAUAAGGACUUCUCUUUGGCACUGAGGGAAGGCAAUAAGCAAGCAAUGCUGGAGGAGGCUCCACGUGUACCUGGGGAGACCAUUCAAACCAUAGCCAAGAGUGUUAUGUACAUCUGUCCUUUCUCUGGAGCUGUGAAUGGCACAUUGACCAUCACCGACUACAAGCUUUACUUCAAGAGUCUCUCUAGAAAUCCUUCUUUUGUAUUGGAUGUGAACCUGGGAGCUAUCAGCCGCUUGGAGACUAUUGGGGUGCAAAGCCAUGGAGAGAACACCCGAGGCCUAGAGAUAGUGUGCAAAGACUUGAGGAACCCAAGAUUUACCUACAGAAAACAAGACCAAAUCUUCGAGGUGUUAUCCACAUAUGCGUUUCCUCUCUCCCAUGACUUGCCUUUGUUUGCAUUCAAAUACCUGGAAAAGUUUCCAGAAGAUGGGUGGAAGGUUUAUGAUCCUACAGCUGAAUACAAAAGACAGGGUCUGCCAAAUGAAAGCUGGUUUAUCAGUAAGAUCAACAGCAAUUACGAGGUGUGUGAGACUUACCCAACCCUGCUUGUUCUGCCCUCCAGCAUUAAUGAGGAUGAGCUCAGGAGAGUCGCUGCCUUCAGGGCAAAACGUCGUUUUCCUGUACUCUCAUGGAUUCACCCGGAGAGUCAAGCAGCUAUAGUGCGUUGUGGUCAGCCUCAGGUGGGCCCCUCAGACCGUCGCUGUAAGGAAGAUGAAAGAUACCUCCAGACGAUUCUGGAUGCCAAUGCCCAAUCACACAAACUUUGCAUCUUUGAUGCCCGUCAAAGUAGUGUGGCUAUAACAAACAAAGCUAAAGAUGGAGGCUAUGAGAAUGAGAGUGUUUAUCCAAACGUAGAAUUGAACUUCUUGGAGAUUCCCAACAUGCACGUCAUUAGGGAGUCCUUACGCAAACUAAAGGAGGUGGUAUAUCCUGCCAUCGAUGAGCAGCGGUGGUUUUCCUCUGUGGAUGCAACACAUUGGCUGGAGUAUAUCAGGCUGCUGCUAGCUGGUGCAGUGAGGAUCGCUGACAGAAUUGAAUCGGGCAAGAGUUCAGUGGUGGUGCAUUGCAGUGACGGUUGGGACCGCACUGCCCAGCUCACCUCUCUGGCCAUGCUAAUGCUGGAUUCAUAUUACCGCUCAUUGAAGGGCUUCCAGGUACUUCUGGAGAAGGAGUGGCUCAGCUUUGGGCAUCGUUUCACCUCGCGUAUAGGACAUGGUGAUGAGAAUCAUGCUAAUUCGGAGCGAUCUCCCCUGUUUUUGCAGUUCAUAGACUGUGUUUGGCAGAUGACUAGACAGUUUCCCUCAGCAUUUGAGUUCAACGAGCUGUUCCUCAUUACUGUAUUAGAUCAUCUCUACAGUUGCCUAUUUGGGACCUUCCUCUACAACAGCGAGCAGGAGCGAACCUCAAAGGGGGUGUUCACCAAAACUGUCUCACUAUGGUCUUACAUAAACAGUCAGGCUGAGGACUUCACCAACCCACUAUAUGUAAAUUAUGAACAUCAUGUUUUGUUCCCGAUGGCCAGUCUAAGGCACCUAGAACUCUGGGUGAGCUACUAUGUACGCUGGAAUCCUCGCAUGAUGCCACAGGUGCCUAUACACCAACAUCUGAAAGAACUGCUAGUUGUGAAGACAGAGUUACAGAGAAAAGUGAAGGAGCUCCAGAGAGAAACCUCUUCAUCUCGGUCACACUCCUUAUCUUCAGAGCUUGGGGGAACAUCUAUGCAAACCACUGUUUGAUGCACAUAGACACAUGACAGACUUUGCAACAUUUCUUUUUAUACCAUAGUGCUUAAUGUGCAGAAUGCUUAAUCCUUAAUGGCAGAAAUUUUUUAUAAAAAAUUUUUUUAUACAUUUUGGUACACAAAACAUUAAGAUUUGCUAUACUAUGAGCUUACAGAGAGACUUGUGUUGUGAUUAUUCCGUAAACAAAUCUGUGUAGUCAUUGGUAAUGAAAAUGUUUAAUAAUAUUUGCCAUUUAUUUAAGGAAAAGCUGUAGCAUUACAUUUGCUAACUCUAAAUGGCAGAGUUUGUACCUUUUUUCAGUAACACAACAAGCUGAAUUUUCUAUCUUUAAGGCAAAGAAAAAAGAAAGACUAAUAAAAGGAUUUUUUAUUAUGUAAAAUAGGAACUAAAUUAAAUUUAGCCCAGUUUUAUUAGCAUACAGGGGUACUAUUAACAUGGAUAUAGUCACAAAGCAACUUUGGAAAAAUAUAUAAAUUCUGUAUAGAAAUUUCUAAUUUGCUAAUUCCAUGUAAUGUAAUUCCACUGUUGUGGAAUAAAACUACAAUAUUCAGCUUUGCACACUUUGUUUUAAGAUGCAUCGCACCAACCCAUCGUUGAGAAUUUUUCUUUACCGGCAAUUGUGUUGUGUGCGGUCCUUACAGCAUUACUAGUUAAAAAUUUUGCAGUAUACUAAACCAAAAUGCUAAAUAUAUUUAUUUUUAACUAAACAUUGUGCUGUUUACAGUCUAAUAGCGUAUUCACUGUGUUAUUUUGCAACCAGGCCUUUGUCUUUUUAUUUUUUAUGUGAUUAAGAGAAACCAGAAUGCUCACUCCCACUACCAGCACUGUUGUGAGGGAAUUAAAAAAUAUAUCUGUUUUUUUAUGUCUAAUUCCUUUGGUACUAUAAAUAUUUGCUAUUAAAUAUUUGCUUUUUCCUUUUACCUGUUUAAUGAUUGCUUAAUAAAAUGGUAGAAAAUGUUA